AUAUGAACUUAACCUUUGCUCUGCUUUGCACGAUGACGGUUAUCUGGUUAUUCUGCGCCAAUUGCGAGGCGGCUCCAGAACUCAUUAGCAAUGUGUAUCGAAAGUUCCGUAGCCACCCUUUGCUACGGGGGUACACCGUGGAAAGUUCCCUAGACGAGGACAACGAUUUCGUGGAUCUGAAUAAACGACAACAAUUCGACGAUUAUGGUCACAUGAGAUUCGGUAAACGGGAACAAUUCGACGAUUAUGGUCACAUGCGGUUUGGCAGGCGCCACGAAUAA